AUGUUAAACUUUCCCAACCGUGAUACUUUACCAGGUUUGGAACAUGAUAAUAAAACGAAAUUCGACUCUUUAACAUUUAAAUAUGAUUACAGUCAUAGUAAUCUAAAGAGUAUAUGUAUUCAACACGUCCCAUUUUGGACUAAUAUUAAUCCUGAUUUCAUAGAAGUCAAAGAUGCCAAUGCUGGUAUAUUUAAUAGAGUUUAUAUCAUAAAAUUAAACUCAUCAGACAAAGACAAAUAUCCAUACAAAAAAAUAACUUUAAAGAAAAAGGCAGAUUUCAAUUCGUUAGUGGUCAAUAAUGAUUUACAAUACAAUGUUGCUAAAUUACUAGGAGAUAAUAAUUUUGGUCCUAAGAUAAUAGGGCGGUUUGGUGACUUUACUAUUCAGGAAUGGGUUGAGGGUGAUACACUAACGAAUGAUUCAUUACAAAACCUCUCAGUUUUAACAGGGAUCGCUUCAUCACUUGCCAAGUUCCAUAAAAGAGUUACAGAACUUGUUCCGAAGGAAUGGGAUAGAACCCCUAUGUUCUUAACCAAAAUAUCUGUAUGGUCUCAACAUGUCGAGAGAAUAAUCAAAAAACAUAAUCUGGAUUUUGAUUACACUGAAUUAAAACAUAACUAUGAGUUAUUUAAACGGAUCCUUAGCAAUCACCUAAAUACAUCAAAUUCAAUAGCUAAUUCAGUCUUGUUUUGUCAUAACGACUUAUUUUUUACUAAUAUACUCGACAUUAAUCAAGGGAUGUAUUUGAUUGAUUUCGAUUUCGCAGGGUUCAACUAUGUAGGAUGGGAAAUUGCAAAUUUUUUUUUAAAGCCUGGCAUAGUUCACCUAAACGAUCCACCUGCACAGUUUUAUUUAGAUGAUUCACUAGCAUUAACUAACGAAAUGAAAACCUUUUUCGUUUCAGUAUAUCUUUCUCAGCUAUUAGGGAGGAAUGUUUUAGCAUCAGACGAUGUCGUAAAGGAGUUUCUACAAAGCUUAGAAAUACACACGUUAGGAGUGAAUUUGUUUUGGACAUACUGGGGAAUAGUAAUGUCUGACAAACCGAAAAAUCAGCUUAAUUUUGAUGUUCUUUUUCACGUUCAGUCCGAAUUAAUGUACAAUUUGUUCAAAACCAAUCUUAGGAGAUUAACUGAUAAUAAAAUUAUAAAUUUCUAA